UUGUAUUUUUUCGUAUGUCGCCGUCGUCGUCUCCGUUGUAGUUUUUUGCCUCAGCGCAGUUUUAACAAUAUUUUAAAACAUAUUUGUGAUAUUUUUGGCGGUUCUUGUUGUUGUAAAUGCAAACAAAUUGCUCAAAUCGAAUGCGCUGCUAGUGUCUAAAUUGCCAGACGUGCGACCACGUUCGUUCAAACAAAGCGCGGCUGGGAAAUAAGAAAAAACAGAAAAGGAAAAUCAUUAAACAAUACUUAAUUCCAAAAGCAAAAGAAAAAGAAAAAAUUGCCAAAUGGCCAAAAUGGCCCUGGCUUAAGCUGUUAAGAAAUGUAUAAAACGAAUUGUUUUCGAUAUUGCGUAAAUCUGGAAAUUGAAGCAAGCGUCAAGUGCAAGCAGCAGCAGCAGCAGCAGCAGCGGAGCAGCCUGGCCACACUGUGACUCCCAGAUCCGCCAAGCAGCCGCAGCGCCCGCGACUGGCACCAAAAGCCAACGAAACGCCUGAGCGCACGCCUUGAAUACGCAUGAACUAAAUACAAGAGAUCAAAUAAAAGAGAUAAGAAGAAGAGGCAGCAGCGAACGUAUCUAAAGCGGAAACAGACGAAAAGGACUCCGAAAGGCGACGCCACACAUAUAUAAUAUAUAUUUAUAUAUACGUAUAUAUUUCACGCACACAGACACACAAUAAACACAGAUAAACAUGGAACUGCGCGUUGGGAACAAAUAUCGCUUGGGCCGCAAAAUUGGCUCCGGCUCGUUCGGCGACAUCUAUUUGGGCACAACCAUCAACACGGGCGAGGAGGUGGCCAUCAAAUUGGAAUGCAUACGCACUAAACAUCCACAGCUGCACAUCGAAUCAAAGUUUUAUAAGACGAUGCAAGGUGGGAUUGGCAUACCGCGAAUAAUUUGGUGCGGCAGCGAGGGUGAUUAUAAUGUGAUGGUAAUGGAGUUGCUUGGCCCAUCGCUGGAGGAUCUAUUUAACUUCUGUUCGCGACGCUUCUCAUUGAAAACUGUGCUGCUGUUGGCGGAUCAGAUGAUAUCGCGCAUUGACUAUAUACACUCGCGCGAUUUCAUACAUCGCGACAUCAAGCCCGACAAUUUCCUCAUGGGUCUCGGCAAGAAGGGCAAUCUGGUGUACAUAAUUGACUUUGGUUUGGCCAAAAAGUUUCGCGAUGCACGCUCCUUGAAGCACAUAGGAUAUCGGGAAAAUAAGAAUCUGACGGGCACUGCACGCUACGCCUCGAUCAACACACAUCUGGGCAUUGAGCAGUCGCGACGCGAUGAUCUCGAAUCGCUUGGCUAUGUGCUCAUGUACUUUAAUUUGGGCGCCUUGCCCUGGCAGGGCUUGAAGGCUGCAAAUAAGCGACAGAAAUACGAGCGCAUUUCCGAAAAGAAACUAUCCACAUCAAUUGUUGUGCUCUGUAAAGGCUUCCCCAGCGAGUUUGUAAAUUAUCUAAACUUUUGCCGACAGAUGCACUUUGAGCAGCGUCCCGACUACUGCCACUUGCGUAAACUGUUUCGCAAUCUAUUCCAUCGUUUGGGCUUCACAUAUGACUACGUCUUCGACUGGAAUUUGCUCAAGUUUGGCGGGCCGCGGAAUCCACAAGCCAUACAACAGGCGCAGGAUGGCGUCGACGGCCAGGGUCAGGGCCAGGAUGCUGCUGCUGCAGCGGCAGCUGUCGCCGCUGCUGCAUCUCAUCAACAGCAGCAGCAGCAACAGCACAAGGUUAACACAGCAAUGGUCACAGCCAGCGGCAGCACACAACAGAUGCUGGGCAGCAGUUCGGGUGCUGGACAAACGCUUGCCAUGCUCGGAGGUGGCGGCGGAGCCGGUGGCAAUGGAGGGGCUGGUGGCCAGUUAAUUGGCAAUGGCGGACUCAAUAUGGAUGAUUCGAUGGCGGCCACCAAUUCCUCGCGACAACCAUAUGAUACACCCGAGCGACGUCCAUCGAUACGGAUGCGUCAAGGCGGCGGCCUUCAAGCUGGCGGUGUUGUGGGUGAUUUGAUAAACAAUUGCAAGUCGGCGGCAAAAAAGCGAAAGUAUGCACUACAGUUAAUGCAAUAAACGGUUGCUACUGAAAAGUACCGUUAUUCACAAACAGCAAAUUGUGAACUGUUAAAUCAUAGAGAGAAAAAGAGCUAGACAGGAUGAUGAUAUUGAAUAUGACGCCAGUUAAAAACGAAGAUAAAGAACAGGAGAACAACAGCUCAAAACAGAGAUAAAAGCAAGAAAACAAUAAGAACUCAAAAACUAAUACACACACAUAUACCGACCAACACUGACACCGACGCGAACACCCACACCUACUCUUACUCCUGCACUCACACAUAGUCACAUCCGCUCUCUAGCUGCUUCUGUGUGUGUUUUGCAUUUACACUGCUU